UCUCUUCUCUUCUCUUCCCUCUCCCUUCUAUCUUUUAAUAUAUCACCAUGGAAGAAAUCUGUAACACACUUCCUCAACACACUUCUGGUUGGUCUAAAGAAAGGUUAACCUUGUAUAAGUAUCAAGGAUAUUGGAACGUUCGAGAACUCGUCGAAGGAGCCAUUAUGGCUCAAAAAACCUUCAAGGCUAAGCCAAAUAAUUUGUUCUUGUGUAGUUGCCCCAAAACUGGCACUACUUGGCUAAAGGCCUUGGCGUUUUCCAUUUUAACUCGAGAAACGUUUAAUGCGUCAAAUACUACUCAUCCUUUGCUCACAACCAUGCCUCAUGAUUGUGUCCCUUUCCUAGAGCAAGACCUUAAAAAAAUUCAAGACAACCAAAUAAAAAACUCGGAUGCCCUCCAACUCGUGGCCACACAUCUUCCUUAUGCUUCUUUGCCACAAACAAUCUUAGCUUCAAAUUGUAAGAUUGUUUACAUAUAUAGGAAUGUAAAAGAUGUAAUAGUUUCUAAUUUCCAUUUCAUAAAAGAAGCUUUCAAAAUACCGAAAGAAGAGGCUUCCUUUGAAGACGCAUUGGGUGAGUAUUGUCAGGGCAUUUCAUUGUCUGGACCAUAUUGGGAUCAUAUUUUGGGCUAUUGGAGAGCAAGCAUGGAAAGGCCUGAAACCGUUUUAUUCUUGAAAUAUGAAGAUAUGAAGAGCGAUACUACGAGUAAUGUGAAAAGGCUAGCGGGGUUUCUUGGAUAUCCUUUUUCAAUCCAAGAAGAAAAUGCAGGUGUGGUUGAUAACAUCGUAAAGUUGUGUAGUUUUGAGAAUCUGAGCAAUUUAGAAGUGAACAAGAGUGGAAAACAUCGUUCAGAAGAAGGUUAUGAGAUUGAAAACCGAAUUUUUUUCAGGAAGGCUAAAGAUGGAGAUUGGGAAAACUACUUCACAUAUGAGAUGAAAGAAAAGAUAGACAAAUUGGUAGAAGAGAAAAUGAUUGGCACCGGUUUAGUGUUGAAGUAAUGGAACUUGAAACCUUUUUCUAACAUAUCGAUCUUAUUAUCGAUCUAUCUUUGUUGUUUUGUCUAAUACAUUGCUUUAUUUCAGUUAGUUAUCACUAAAAUAAUGUACGUCAUAAUUUUAGUAUCUCGAUUGUAUUGUGUAUGCAUGUUUUGAUGAUACUCUUUGAAGGUGUAAUUCUAUCAUUUAUCAAUUUAAUUACUCGGGUUCGAUCC